UCAACGUGUGUUGGUGAUGUUGGAGUGGAGUCACCUUUCCUUGUAAUGGACUUUGUAACUUUAUAGAUACGAGCAUGUCACUAUGCACAGGUUAAAACCAGGGAACUUCAAACCGGAUAUUGGAUAUGGAGCGUCAACACUUGUGAGGGCGAGAUCAACUACAUGAGCGAUUUGAAGCUGGUCUCAUCUGUAUUACAUGAAGUAUGAACUACAGACCUCUGACCUCUCACCACGGACUAAACAUCAUCAUCACAACAACAGCCUGACCACCCGAUCCCGUUAGUCGCCUCUUACGACAAGCACAGUCGCCUUUCACGGCAAGUACGGGUUGCUGAAGACCCAUUCUCAACGUGUUCCAACCUCUGACGACACUCAGUGGCUUCCUGAACAUGGCGUACUCAAGAGGGCGAAUCAUGUCGACUAUUGAAAAGAUGUCUCACCUUUUCGGUGGGAACCUGAAAAAAAGACAUUUGCUCAUGAUACCGAUACUUGUGUUAUUCCUGAUCUAUAUCUAUCUCUCAUGGACCUCCGUAAAACAAGAUCUUUCAGUUGAAAUGCUAAGCAGGAACUGGUCACUUCAUGGAAACAAAAUCACCUCGUCUGAUGAAACAAAAGAAGUCUUGCGCUACUUCAAACAGACUGGGUAUUUGCCUAACUUCUUGUUGACAGCUUAUGCAAGUGAAAAUCGACCCCAGAAGGGUCGUUUAAAUAUACUUCUGAACACAAUGGAUGGUUUAUAUGAAUAUCUUAAAUGUUGUAUUUUGACAAGAAACAGAACACUACUAAGGACGUGGGCUAUAGAGGUAUACAGAUAUGGCGGCCGUGCUCACUUCCACCCUACAAAGUACAGCUGUUCAAUCCCAAUUGAUACCGACGUUGUCAAAGUCUCUCUGACGAUAUCCACGUGCAGCCAUGACGUCUUUGAUUACGUUCCAGUCAAAAAACCAGUUCAACUGCGGAAUGGUUUAGCCAUAUGUGGAAAGACCUUAUUUGGGAAGGAACUCAAACCGCGGCGUCUGGUCGAAGGGAUAGAGAUUCAAAAGCUGCUGGGAGUUGAUAAAAUUCUAAUAUUUGAUUUGGACAACCCAGACAGUAUUCGGAUUGUUUUCCAACAUUACAUAAAACAAGGAUUUCUUGAAGUACAGCCUUUUGAGUUGCCAGGGAGAAUUAAAGGUGCUUCCUUCCGGGAUUUGUAUAAACACCGCCAUGACCACGAUGACCAGUUUGAAAAUGAUGACAACUUCCCCCUGCUUGACUGCAGAGAGAGACUAUCCGGUUACAGAUGGGUCAUGGGUAUCGAUGUAGAUGAGAUUGUACUUCCCAGGAAAAACAUGUCCUUAAAGGCUUUUAUUAAGGAUCUUGUUGCUAAGCACACUCUUGCUGCUGGCUUUCACUUCUACAUGAUGUUCCACUACACCAGCUUCGGUAAAACCAGGAACCAUUCUUCUGGCAUCGAACACUUCGAAUAUUCCAGAUCUACUCCACCACAAUGGAAGGCUUACAAAUACAUCUACAUUCCUCAUAGAGUGGAUUCGCCAAUCACUCACCUCGUGGACCCAAGACGCCCUUUCACAGUGCCGCGAGUUUCUCCAGACGAUGGGGUAAUUCAUCAUAUCCGUAUCUGCGAGCACAGAGAGAAUGACUGUUUUCCUCCGGGUUCCGCCAAUGACGAGUCACUAUUAAGAUUCGAAGCUGACCUGCCGUCAAAGGUACAGAAGGUUAUGAAACAGAUUACCCAAUUGAGAAGAUCCGGUUUAAAAGGACGAGGGCCUAAAUGGACCUUGGUGUCGUGAUGAUAAUGGACCGACAGAGGUGCACAGUUUUUAUUGUGUUAUGAGAAUCCAUUAUAAACUAAGCGUCAAAAGAAUGUAUAGGUUGGCAAUUUGUAAUUUUCCUAAAAACAGCGAUAACUAGUGGAAAGUGGGUAUUGGGAAUAUGACUGCGCAGGAACAGGUACCACAAAAAAACCACCUCACCCGA